AUUAGAGAAACCAAACAAUGAAGCACCCUUAUCAAAUAGUCAUUGUCAACAAGGCGGGAACCCACUUGUUCACGUCGGUGAAAAACACUGUUCAAGUGUUUGAGCUUGCCCUGGGUAAAAAGGUAGGCGAGUGGAUCGAUGACAUAUCUCCAGAUCAAGUCACCCAUCAAAACACGCAAAUAUCGAAAAAGAAAGGGGAACCAAUCAUGUCACAGCCUAUUUAUAACCAUAUCCGAUCCUUGCUCUUGACUGGAAAUGAAGAGUAUCUUGUGGGUACCACUGACAGCGACAAGUCCACCAUAAUAUUCCAUGUUGAUUUCACAGGUGAAAACUGCUUGACUUUGAGUAAACGUCAAGUGUUGGCCAAGAGACCAUGUUCCAUUUCUUUUGAUGCUGGCAAUGAGAAUGUUGUUGUUGCAGACAAGUUUGGUGAUGUGUAUUCGAUCCCUAUUGAUACUAAUGAACCAGUUCCUGAAAAGGAAUUGGCACCUAUUCUCGGUCAUGUGUCUAUGUUGAGUGAUGUGUUAGUCACCUCCUACAAAGGAAAGCAAUUCAUAAUCACCGGUGAUCGUGAUGAACACAUUAGAAUUUCCAAUUAUCCCAAAAGUUACGUCAUCAAGAACUUUUUAUUUGGCCAUCGCGAAUUCGUGUCUGAUUUGUAUGUUUCUGAACAUGAUCCUUCCGUGUUGAUCAGCGGUGGUGGUGAUGAUUUCAUUUGCUUGUGGCAUUGGUUCGAUAAUGAAUUGUUGACUAAAGUAGAAUUAAGGGACUUGGUUGAGGAAUACUUGCACGAUGGACAUUUACCACCAGCAAGAUUCUUGACUGAAGAUUCCAAGAAGGAAAUAUCCAUUGCCAAGAUUUCCACUUUGAAAACCGACGAUAGUUACUUUUUGAUUGUUUUAGUGGAAAACACUAGAUGUUUAUUGGUGUUUGAAAUCAACGACGAUUUCACAGUCACUCAUAAUCAGACAAUAACUAUUGACAACUCCAUUGUUGAUUUUUCAAUUGAUGAAUCAAACAAGAGGAUAAUUGCAUCAGUUGAUACUGAAAGUUCACAACUCUUUGAAGCGUUCAAGUAUGAACAGGGUAAGUUUAGCAUUGACUCCUCUCUUGAACAAUCUUUCAAGAGUGUUACUGACGCUAAUCCAUUUGACGUUGAAUCAAAGCUGGACUUCCAGCAAUUGUAUUAUAUCAACAGUAUGAGAAAGAGAAGUGAGCAUUAGAAUAGAUUUUGUAUAAUAGUAACAAAGCAAUGAAUAUAUAUAAUUGGC